UCAUGAAAACUUGGAUCGAUUUUUACAAGAUUUUGAUGUAGAAAGGGUUAAGUUAGAAGUUCUUAUAUUACCUUUUAAUAUUGAGCUUGAUCUACUUCCAAAUUUAAGAAAAUUUGUUGAAAAAGCCAAAAAUCUAAGGUAUAUAGAAUUUGUGAGAUUAGAAAAUUGCGAUGUAGAAAAACAAAAAGAGUGUGAGAAAGAAAUAAUUGAUCUUU